GUGCUUUUAACUGUUACACGUUGAGUUUCGUCGACUUCGAUGCGAUACCUUGUUUUUCUAGUGAUGAUAUAUCCUUAAUCUUUUCCAAAUUAUUGUUUUGACGAUUUUAUGGAGAAAUAAAUCAAUACUUAUGUUACUUUGAGUUAGCCAAAAAACGGCUAAAAUGAGGUCGGCAUUAUUCAGCCUCGGCAGUCUUCUGCUAACAGUUGCUGUAGUUGGAAAUGCAUAUUAUCAGAAGAAACAGUUUUACCCCUCGGUGGUUUAUAUCACCAAGUCAAAUCCUAGUAUGGGGGUUAUGUACAUUCAAGCAUUUGUGAUAGUCCUGUUGAUGGGCAAGCUGAUGAGGAAGAUAUUUUUUGGCCAGUUAAGGGCUGCUGAAACAGAGCACCUUAUUGAACGAUCUUGGUAUGCUGUAACAGAAACCUGUCUGGCAUUUACUGUGUUUCGAGAUGAUUUCAGUCCAAAAUUUGUGGCACUAUUCACUUUGUUGCUGUUUCUAAAAUGCUUUCAUUGGCUUGCAGAGGAUAGAGUUGAUUAUAUGGAACGAAGCCCUGUAAUUUCAUGGCUUUUCCAUAUUCGAGUUUCUUCACUUCUUUUGCUUUUGGGCAUCUUGGAUUACUUUUUUGUCAGUCAUGCAUAUCACAGCACUUUAACUAAAGGAGCAUCAGUGCAGCUGGUGUUUGGCUUCGAAUAUGCCAUUCUCUUGAGUAUUGUUGUGAACAUCUUUAUGAAAUAUGUACUGCAUACUUAUGAUCUCCAGAGUGAAAAUCCUUGGGAAAAUAAAGCAGUUUUCCUCCUCUAUAGUGAACUAGUCAUGGGUUUGUUCAAAGUUGUGUUGUACUUGCUAUUUAUGACAAUAAUGAUAAAGAUUCAUACCUUCCCACUGUUUGCGAUAAGGCCUAUGUAUUUAAGCUUGAGGUCAUUCAAAAAAGCUGUCAAUGAUGUAAUAAUGUCCAGACGGGCCAUAAGGAAUAUGAAUACUUUAUAUCCUGAUGCAACUGCUGAAGAACUUGCUACUGUGGACAAUGUAUGCAUUAUUUGCCGAGAGGAAAUGACUGGUUCUGGAAGCAGCAAGAAGCUUCCAUGCAAUCAUAUUUUUCAUGCAUCUUGUUUACGAUCAUGGUUUCAAAGACAGCAAACAUGCCCUACAUGCCGAAUGGAUGUUUUACGAGUACCUCCUCCUGCACCAGCUCAAACUGCUCCACCUCCUGCACCUGCACAACCUCAACAGCCACAACCACCAAAUAUUCCGAAUUGGCCUGGUAUGCCGGGCAUGCCUGGUUUUGUACCAGGUGGAUUUCCAGGUAUGUUUCCAUUUGUCAUGCCACCAGUUCCACCUCCACAACCACCACCUAGCACUGAUCAACCUGUUGCUCAACCUGAUGGUUCACAACCACAAGCAGCUUCAGUUGGUGUUCAAACUGGUGAAGCAUCUGCUGCUACAGCUCCUCCUUGUGCAUCUACCAAUCAGCAGGCUCCAAAUGCAGCACCUAUGCUCAUGCCUCCAUUCCCUAUGCCCUUUUUUCUUCCCCCACCUCCCCCAAUUCCUGCCACAGACCUUGGUUCCUUUUCCAUGGAAGAGUUAGAAGCGUUGGCUGGUCAAGAGCGUGAGAAUUUAGAAGCAAGAAUAAGGUGCUUACGAAAUAUACAGAGCAUGUUAGAUGGUGCUAUAUUGCAAAUGCAGCAAUAUAGUACAUUGAUUUCAUCAAGAAACCUCAAUACAAAUACAAGUCAGAGCACUGCAAAAAAUUCAAAUCCUUCAAAAUCCGAGGAUGCACCAACCAUAAAUGGGGAUCAUGUGAACAGCACAGAGAAUUCGCACUCUGGCACUCCUAGCAGUGAUUCAAAUGAGGAGUUGCGUCGUAGGCGACUGAAUUACCUCCAAGGAAAUAUUAAUUCUGCACCUGAGCGAGAAGAAAAUAGAGAACAACAAGCUUGAUUCUCAUUGGCAAGUGACUGGUCUCAAAUUCACUCUGUCCAUUCAUUUGGAUGUUUAAAAACUGUGUUUUGCAUGAAAAUGGACUUAUUUGUGUCUCAUUGUUUGAUGUGUAUUGAUUGUAUGCAAACCACUUAAAAUAUCUUGUCAUAAUGUGUACAUAUUGUAAUGCUGGUGUAACACUGGCAUUAAAAUUUUUUAAGUGUUUAUGUAUGUUCCAAUAAAUGUAUAUAAAGACAA